AUGGAUUUUACAGAACUUUACAAACACUCUUUAAACCUCUGUAAAUUUUCCCCAGAUUUAAAAUAUAUCGCUACGGCCUUUGAAAAUGUAGUCAUUGUUCGUGAUACUGAAACCUUUCAAAAUAAAUUAGAAUUUGUGAAAAAUUUUCGUUUUCAAUGUAUUGAGUGGUCCUCGGAUUCAACACUUUUAUUGGCAGCAAAUUUUAACUCGGGUAAAAUUAUAAUUCGAGAUGUUAAUAACCCAAGUUGGAAAAAAAUUAUUAAAGAAGGACCGGCAGGUCUUUUAAAUGUAAAAUGGAAUCCGGAUGGUAGAAGUGUAAUGUGUUUUUCGGAUUUUCAGCUUCGUAUAACAAUAUGGUCACUAAUGACAAACAAAGGUUAUUGUAUACAAGACCCAAAAUAUCAUAACAAAGCGGAACGUCGUGAAUGUAAAGAUUUUAUUGGAAUUUAUAAAUGUGAUACUGAUGUUUGGAAGUUAUUAAACGUGUUUCAAGUGGAUACAAUAGAUUUAGAUAAUCUAGAAUUAUCACCUAAUGGACAAUAUAUUGUAGUAUGGGAUAAAUGCAUUUGGGUAAUUUUAAUAUAUACUCUUGAUGGACAAUGUAUGGGAAAUUUUUCUAUUGAUGAUGAAGGACUUGGUGUAAAAUCAAUUGCUUGGUCACCAUCAAGUAAAUUAAUAGCAAUUGGAGGUUAUGAUCAAAAGAAGCAAGUGAACAUGAUCCCAAAUCUGAAAGAUUUAUUGUCAAAUGAUAUUAUUGAAGAACCUGUGGAACUAAAUUCGGUGCAACCUGAUGUGAAACCGAAUCCUAAAUUAGGAAUUGGAAGUUGUAAAUUCAAUUCCAAUGGAAAAUUACUGGCUGCUUAUAAUGAUAAUUUUCCUAAUUGUCUUUGGAUAUGGGAUAUCAGUCAUUUAAAUCUUUUGGCUUUAAUUAUUCAAUUAACACCUAUUAAACAUUAUCAUUGGAAUCCUGUCGAAGUAGAACAACUUGCAAUAUGUUGUGGAAAUGAAUAUGUCUAUUUUUGGUGUGGUCAAGAUCAUGGAACUGAAAUUAUUGAAGUUCCUGCUGAUGGUAAUUCAAUGAUAAUAAUGGAUAAAACUAAAUUUUGUGUUGCUUUUACUACUAGAAAUAAAGAAAAUAGUAUGAUGAGCGUGACGAGUGUAAUGAGUGAAAUGAGUAUUAUGGAAUAA